UUGGGGAUUGCAGUCAGAGUGUGGGUGCUGGGGUUUCCAAGAUCAGUGCCUGGGGUAAGGAUAGGGCUGUGCUCAGCGUGGAGAGGACUGAAGGUGUGUGGUGUGCCAAGCUGGCACAGCCCUGCUCUGUGGUGUCUUGUGAGCCCAGUCCCCACACAUGUGGGACAGAGGCACCUGCAGCCACAGCUAUGGCUGUGGCGCAGCAGCCCAGUUCCCGCACAGCCGGCGAGAACAGCGGUGCAGGUGCCUGCCCUGUGCCGUGCCUGCGCCGGCACCCUGGGGCUGAGCAAUAAACCCGGGGCCAAGGGACAUGAGGAAUCCCUCGCUACCGCUGCCUCUCCGGCUGUACCGUGCCCUGUCCCCAGCUGGGCACUUGUGCCAGGACAUUUCAUAACAGGCGCAAGCGCAAAACAAAGUCGUAAGGCAUUUCGGUCCCCACCAGCCGUAGUACCUCCUGCGGCAACUGGGAAUGCUCUAGAGGGACGCGCCAGCUCGGUUCGCUGUCCUUAGCAGCAGCGGAGAAGCAGCAGAAACAGUGACUCCCCACGCUCUAAGGAACAUACGGCAGCGCCCGUGGCUCAUCCAGCUGCACCUCCCGGCGUGCCCCGGCCCCGCUGGCCGCGGAAGAGAGCAGCAUGCCGGGAGCCGUAGUCUGCCCUCGCCUCUCGCCCGCGGCCCGGCGCCGAUCGCGGCUGCAAGCCCUCGCCUCGGCAGUCUCCGUCCGCCUCCCCCUCCUGCCUUCGGAUGGAGGUCUCCGAGGAGCUGGAGAGCGGUCUCCUGACCCAGCCCUGGGCUUCUGUUCACUUUGGCGAGUCUGCUUUUCUUGCAAAAGUGUGCUUCAGGGAUACUGGCUAUAUCCUGCUGAUCUCUGACCUCAGUAGUGUCUGGUACGAGAGUGCAGACACCAAGGCUGUGGGACAGAGGUCCAAGGAGCUGAACAAGCGGCUGACAGUCAAUGUGUCCUCCUUCCUGAACCACUUGUGCAACCUGAUGUGCCCCUUGAUGGCAGGGCAGCCAGCACCUACCACCACCUUCUCCUGCAACCGCUCUGCCAGUGGCCUCAUCCUGCAUGUAAAGAGUGAGCUGUCAGGACUGCCCUUCUACUGGGACUUCCACUGCUGCCCUGCUCCCUUGGAAAUGGUGUCCCGUCACCUCGUGCGGCCCUUGAUUCGGAUGAACCUGGCGCUGCAGCACCAGGUGCAAGAGCUGAUCUCCCUGGUGCUCCAGAAGGAUGCUGAGAUUGAAGAUUACAGGGAGUGCGGGGCCACUCUCAGCAGAGACCGACUGCGGACAGAGCCCUUCCAGGAGGAGACAUUUCAGCAGAACUUCAUGACUGAGGCUCUGCGUGAGAGAUUGGAAAUCUCAGCCAUGGGCAAGUGUGUGGCAUCUCCUGGGUUUUCUCCAUCUGGUAUCAGACAGCUGUUGAACCAAGAGGAAAGAUUGACCAUCCUGAGGGAUGGAUGACUGUGCAGAGAAAGAGAUGACAAUGUCAAAGAAGGGAUGACCAUGCUGAAGAAGGAAAGACCACACCAAGGAAGGGAUAGAUAUACUGGAGAAGGGAAGACCAUGCUGAAGUAGGGAUGGCCAUGCCCAGAAUGGCACCGUGGAUGGACUGGUUCCCCAGCAGAAGAUGCUGUUAUGAAUGGAGGGAGGCAGAGCCUCCUCUGCUGAGAGGAAGGCUGGAAUAGUGUGAGACUUUGGGAUCUCUGCAUUCUCCCCAGGGAUGCUGUACUUGAUGCAAAGACCACUCAGUCAGGCAGACCCUUACCUUACUAAGGAAACCUCUCUGGGCAUUUCAACCCAAUACCUUUCCUGGGACAUUGUGCUGGUCUUUCGGAGUCAAUCUCCAAGUAUGUAGCCAACAUCUGCCACCCAGUGCCAAAGCCAGCCAGUGGGAGUGAGGACGUGGAGAGGGCAGUGCCUGGGCCUCUCUUGCAAUCCUUCUCCUAGCACGGGUGAGCUUUACACAACCUGCUCCCCAACACUAGAGAAGGUCCUUCAGAGGAUCCCAAAUUCCAGUUUGGAGGGACUCUGAGGCUCCUCUGUGCCCAGUUGCCCACACUUGCAGACUGACUCUGGCUCCACUGGGCCCAGAGCCUUUCCCAACCCUAUCCCAGACAGACGGAUAUCCCAAAACCCACUGGUCCCAGAGGCUCCCACUCAGUGUCCCUCUGGCUGAAUGAGGUGGUGUGCGUGUGCCCAGACUGUCCCCUCCUGUGACUGUACAGUACACACGGCUAAAUAUAUGUCUGUGCAGAUACAGGAACUCAGAGGGGCUGAGUGAUGCUCCCUUUCUAUACCUCUUUUCAUGGAGAAAACUAAUGAGAUUCAUGUCAUUAAAGAGCUCAUGUUUUGUGGGAUGGGAACCUUUUAAACGGGAUGUGUCCUGGCUUAGUCAUGGCAAAUAUUUACCAAAAAAAAAAAAAAAAAAAAGAGAAAGAGGAAAAAAAAGGGACAUACCAUAUAAAAUUAGAAUUCUGAAAAUAGUAUUUAAAGUAAGUGAGAGAGAGGAACCUAAAACAGAAAAUACAGCUCGGUCUGUUCAAGAGUCAGGGGAAGAGAGAGUGGGGCGGGGGGGGAAAGCCAGAGAUAAAACGAGAGAAACCUCGGCAGUAAAAACAGCAUCUUGGUAAAUAGACUAUUAAAAAAAUUCUGACUCGCUUUAUGGCUUUCUUGGCUGCCGUUCAGCUGUCCUGCCCUGGCCGGCACGGAGGGAAGGUAGCAGGAGCUGGCGUCUGUGUGGAUGCUCAGAGCCUCGGGACGCGGCUUCCCCCCACCCGCCCCGAGCAGCCGCGCAGGGCGUUAAAUUUAGCCACAUAAUGAUGGCCCUGAGGAGGCAGCCUUUUGUAGCCACACUGUAAUUACUGCCUCGCUUAUAAAUUUUAUUUUUCUUAUUAUGUUUCCUCCUCUGCUGGGGAAGGGGUGGGGAGGUCUCCCCCACCCUCAUCAAACCUGCAGCUCUCCCGGGAGCAGGGGGUACCAUGGGAUGGAGGGGAAGGUGGGAAUGGCUGCUCAAACCCUGUGCUGCCAUCCUGUCCCAGUAUAGGGCUGAGCCCCCCAUUUGGGGAUGGGGGAGGUGUUGAGCUAACCUUAGUGUGGUAGGGUCCCCAAAGCCCAAAGCAUAGGUGUCUUGACCCCCCUGGUCCUUAGCCUUACCCUCUCAGGGUGCUUGGGAGAUGUACUUGUGCCAGCAGGACCAGGGGAUCUCCAGCAGGGCUGCAAGCCCACAUCACAGCCAGGCUGAGGAGGCAGCCAGGACCCCCACCAGGGUGUGGGGGAUGCAAGCAGCAGCUGUCUGGCCCCACUUGGCGAGUCACCGGCUUCAGCCCUGCUCCUCACAGAGGUGGGAAAGGCGAAAGGGCGAGGGGUGGCCCCAGCCACCUCCUCCUGCCAGGGGCGGGCAGAGGGUACGGCUCCUCUCUGAGCUGGUGCAAGUGGGGGACAGCUUCAGGCCAGGCAAGAACGUGCCAGAAAAGGCCUCGUUCCCCUCUUGUUUUCCCAAAACAAAGGAAACAGUCUUGCAUUGCUGGAAGUCGCGUGCUUGGGCUGUGCUGGCUUGUUAUCAUCCGAUAACCUGCCGACCUGGGAGCUGCCCUGCUCCUCACCCGUUGAGCCUGCACUACGGGAUGCGAACAGCUUCCGCAUAAGCUGCCCUUUGCAGAGAUCCGUUUUCCGCUCCCUGGGCUGGGGGGAACAGUGGUGGGGGCUGUAACGAUGGCCCCAGCUGGCCCCAGGCUCACCAUGUGCUUGGUGAGACCUGCCCCUGCAGGUGAUGGUGGAUGAUGAGGGAAGAGGAAAAGCAGAGGUGGCAGGUGCCUUGAUGUGGCCCAGGUGCUACCAUCCCAUGUGCAGCUUGGAAGGUGAUUUGGGGCUCUGCUAUAUCUUGCUUUGUCCCAUGACACUUCCCUGAGAGCACCAGGGCCAGGCUCUGCCAUGAAGCUGGGUGGGUAGUGUACAGGGCUGAAGGUGGCUGGGGUCCCUUGGGGCACAUGGUGAUUCCUUCAGGGAAAGGACCCUUGCAAACUGCCAAGGAAGGCUGUGUAGCACCAGGACUGCCUGCUUUCCCUUCCAGCUUUGUGCCUUCUCCCAGGCUCGUGCCCUGGGUAGGGUGCAGUGGCACCAAGGUGCUGGUGGGGCUGGUGGUCAUGGUGAUGUUCAUACAUCACUAUGGGAAUGUGUUUGGGGGAGCAUGUCCUUGGUAGAGAUGUGCAUGGGGGACAGGCAGGACCACAGCAGUCUCACCCAGCUGUGCCCAGGGAGGUGAGCUUUUACCAAAGCAUCCCCUUUCUCCAGCCCUGUGCUGUGAGGGCUCUGUUCAGCACAACGGUGACCCGAAGCAACCUCCAUCCCAUGCUCAAGUGUCCAUUUCAGGGCAGGUAGGACAAUACUAAAUCAACUCCUUUAAAGCCUCCUGACCUGCAGCCCCACGGACGUGCCAGUCCCCAUCCCUCCCUCAUCUGUGGGCACGCUGGGGUCUGGUGCGCUGGCUGGCUGCCCAGGCAUGGGGCUGCCUUGGCUGCUGGCCAGGAGGCUCCUGGCCUGGCUGGGUCCAUGCCCUGACCCUCCAUCCCACUGCAGGGUCCGUGGCUUGUGCCAGGCGCCAGGAAUUCAGCACAGAGGUGGUCAUAGGAACCCCUGGGGACAGUGGCCACCACCUCACCGGUGGGGCUUGGGAGCCCAGGUGUAUAGAGCACCGUGGACCAAAAGACAAAGUGCCCUUUCAGCCUAAGCUCUGGAAAGAUGUGUGUGUGUGCAGAGGUUAAUGCCUUCGGCCCUGGGGAAAGGAGAGGAGAGAGCACAGGCUGGGUCCAUCCCCACUGGGAGUUGGCCCCAUCCCCACCGGGAGCUGGCCCCACACAUGUGCCUCUGCAUGUGCCUGCGUGUGCUUCUGUGUGCAGGAGGCUUAUGCAUUUCCGUCUCGGUGUAUUUACAUACGUCAUGUGUGUAUCUUACUCAUCGCUGUGUUUUUCUUUCCUUGUUCUUAGGUCUUUCCCCCACCCCCGCUAUGGAUCUAUAAUUCUUAUGACAUUUUAUUCUUCCCCCUUUUUUUUUUUUAAAAAAAAAACCCUCCAGUUUUAGAAGUUGCUGGCUUCUUAGGAAAAUAAACUGUAUUUUUAGUGCUUGUCUGCAAGGCAGGCUGCUGAUCCCGCCUGCCCCUGCUCAUCGCUUACUCACUACUUGUUUAAGCUUUUAUUUUCUCCUUCACCCUGUGCCGGGUUGUGGGGGCAACCAGCGGCAUUCUGGAGCUGAGCAGUACGGUGGGAGCGCACCAAAGUUGUCAAUGAGGGAAAGGCAGCUCCAAUCUGGCCUUUAUUGAGGUCUGGGUUUGCGUAGCUCUGGAGCAGCCUGCCCUGUAAUCAGCCAGCCACCAGAGUUGGCCAGCCUUGUAAUAAAGUAGCUCUAUAUUUAUUUGUUGUGCUUAUACACCGCUCUGUAAUAAGUUAGGAGCCUUCCCCACUCCCCUCAUUUUCUUUGGGAAGUUCCUCUGGAUCUCUGAAGGGAACUGCCAUCCGAUUCACAGUGGAUGCCUGGGGCCCUGCAUCCUGUGAGCUGCUCUGUCCACAUCUGGGCCACAUGCCUUUAGCUCUGUGUGCCCCAAACACCCCAUGCCCAACUGUCCCCAUGCUCUCCCCAGCA